CCGGUAGGUAGACAGGAAGUUGGGGAGUAUCCGAGCUUGGACAAGACCAUUUCAGCCGUGGGUCACACACUCAAGUCCUAACCCCGAAAGAGCCGGCCACCUGGUGCCUUUAUUUCUAUCAAAUGAAAUUCGUCAUCAAGGAUAUAAUGAAAUCUCUGUGAUUUAAUUAACAUUAAAUAAAUUGUUGAACAACCCGUUUUUUCAUAUAAAGAGUUCAAUUUGUCUUGAUAAUUAUUCAAUAUUUUCGAACGAGGAUAUCAUCCCACAGAUGGAGUACUUCCAGCUUUUCACCGGCCUGCCGUCUGCUGCCGUUGUGAUGUCGUCGCUGGUAUUAUUACAAACUAUUUCAGCUUUCCCCACGGGCUCCCCGCUGUCAGCGUGCGGUAACUUGAUGCCGGUGCACAUUGAUGGUGAGCUGCAAACAGGGGCCGCGCCCUACAUGCUCAUCCUCAAUGAUACAACCUACGGGAGCACACCUCUGAAAUGUAAGUUUUUUGUAUAUCAAAUAUAGCGACCAGUUUGUUUUUUUAAUGAAUUGAAUCCAAUAGUAUUAUUUUAAUUUUCUGAUCCGAUGGGAACUAAGACCGAAACAGUUUUGUGGCGACCCUAAAUGUGUUUAAAUGUAAUGAGUCAUAAAUUGUAAUAAAAAUGACCCUCCCCCCCCCCCUAAUCUGCCAAUAUGACACUGGAAGUGUCCAGUAAUCCUUUAUGUUAUGCGUAUGAAUUUAGAAACCAAUGGUAGCUACCUAGCUUGUUACAUUUAGAAACCAAUGGUAGCUACUUAGCUUGUUACAUUUAGAAAACAAUGGUAGCUAAUUAGCUUGUUACAUUUAGAAAACAAUGGUAGCUAAUUAGCUUGUUACAUUUAGAAACCAAUGGUAGCUACCUAGCUUGUUGCAUUUAGAAACCAAUGGUAGCUACCUAGCUUGUUGCAUUUAGAAACCAAUGGUAGCUACUUAGCUUAUAAAACAAAUAUUUAUAAUUUCUCACGUUCUGUUUUUAACAAAUCUUCACCUUUGACCUCUUCUCACCACGCCCUCCCCCUUUACCCUACCAACAGCAGCUCAGGUGUGGAUAGUGACGUAGUAAACUUCAGUAGCACCCCGUGCUGUUCUAAGUUAGCCGCCCCCGUCCCCCGUCCCCCCCCCUUUUCUCCCGACACCACUACAAGCCGAACACUUAACAGACCAUUAACUUCCCCCAAAGAAAGUACUUUUUAAAACUUUAAAAAAAAAAACAACAUCCAUUCGAUGUGUGGAAUUUUAAACUGCUAAUAUCAUAGCACAUACUAUUUCGUCAUAUACAACCCCCCCCCCCCCCCCCCCCCCCCCCAAANUGUAUAUCAAAUAUAGCGACCAGUUUGUUUUUUUAAUGAAUUGAAUCCAAUAGUAUUAUUUUAAUUUUCUGAUCCGAUGGGAACGAAGACCGAAACAGUUUUGUGGCGACCCUAAAUGUGUUUAAAUGUAAUGAGUCAUAAAUUGUAAUAAAAAUGACCCGCCCCCCCCCCCUAAUCUGCCAAUAUGACACUGGAAGUGUCCAGUAAUCCUUUAUGUUAUGCGUAUGCGUCCAAUGAUCACAAUGGGGACGGUAGGUCUAUCAAUUAACACACUAUCGUUGAGAAUAACAAGACAUGGCGCCAUUAUGCUGAAAUUAUUUUUUUUUUAAAAUGCCUUUCCCUUAAUUCGUGUAAUAUUCUGAUAAGAUCACAAGAAAUGUUGGCAUUAUUAAAAAUUGAAAAGACGUACAAAUGUGGCGUUGGAAUAAAAAAAAAAAAGAUACUAUCAUCAAUAACAUAAGCAUAAAGCAGUUACACAAAACUUUCCCAUGAGAUUGCAACACAUACGUCCUGUCCCAAAUCUCCUUUGACUGUACACUCUCACCCUACCCCAAAUCUCCUUUGACUGCACACUCUCACCCUAACCCCCAAAUCUCCUUUGAUGGUACAUUCUCACCCUAACCCCAAUCUCUUUAGACGGUAAAUUUUCAACCUACCCCAAAUCUCCAUAGACCUUACAUUCUCAUACUACCCCAAAUCUCCUUAGAGGGUAAACUCCCACCCUACCCCAAAUCUCCUUAGACGUUACAUUCUCAUACUACCCCGAAUCUCCUCAGAUGAAUAAACUUGCCUCUAUUUUCGCUCACCUUUCAAUUGUAAUCCUCGGUCUACCAGUGACUAUAACAGCAGUUGGACCAAGCGCACGUGACUUCAUGGCUUUCAUGCUCCAGGCCAGGUCAGAGUUCGGAGAAGUUGCCGGACAUUUCUCAGAUUUCCCGUUGGCUGCCAAGGCCAUGACCUGCUACAGCAACGAGGAUACCUUGACCCACACAGCAGCCUUCAUAAGACAGAGCAUGGAGGUCGUGUGGCAUCCGCCCAACAAGAACAUCGGAAAGAUCUCCAUAACGUGAGUCCAAGUAACGCCGGCCGUUGUCAUCUCACUGAACUUAUCGUGUGUAGACUGGACAGACCAUCUCACUGGACUUACCGUGUGUAGACUGGACAGACCAUCUCACUGGACUUACCGUGUGUAGACUGGACAGACCAUCUCACUGGACUUAUCGUGUGUAGACUGGACAGACCAUCUCACUGGACUUAUCGUGUGUAGACUGGACAGACCAUCUCACUGAACUUACCGUGUGUAGACUGGACAGACCAUCUCACUGAACUUACCGUGUGUAGACUGGACAGACGAUAAGCGCUUUAUAAACAUCAAUGAGAAAUAGAUCUAUAGAGCAAUAGUUAUGGACGUUGCUGUUGUUUGUUUUUGUUGUUUUUUGUAUGAUAUAAUGAUACAAUGUGUGAUUUUAGGUUGAUGUUUUCUUAAAAUAAGGACUAGCCAGAAAAAUUAAAAGAAAAGAAAUAGUAUUCAAAAUUUGGCACAGAAUGAACAGAAACAUUGAGCCACUCUUCCAAACGCACAGAAAAGCACAUGUAGAUGUUCAUUGAACACCUCACUUAGUUCAUUAUCAAUAAAUUUACUGAUAUUUUAAACUUACAUACCCGCUACUAUUUGAAGAUGUUAAGGAUUUGCAACUGAAAAAUAAUUUAAAAAUUCUUUUUUCUUAUCAAUUUAAAAACAAUGUAGUUUGAGAUAACUCUAUAAGUUUUGAACGUCAGGCCACCUUCUUAUUUGAUUGCUACAGUUGUUGUUUUUUACAUGCACAUGCGCCUUUUGUGUUGUGACCCACUAUAAGGUCACCAAGAAAUAGCUUGAAAUAGCACUUUUAGAACAAGAAUCAAAGUUUAAGAAACGUAUUUAGAUUGAGAUAUUCAUGGGUUAAAUGUUGGAUAUCAAGACAAGACCACACACACAAAAAAAAGAACGUUUCGAUUGGAACACUGUCUAAACCAAGUCAGAAUAAAGUUAGAUCCAAGCAACUUACGUACCGAUACGUAGUUGACAGAAGAUUGCGAAUAAUAAAAACAUAAAAUGUUACAAAGUCAUUGAUAGUCAGGAUUUAUGGCAUCUCGUUGACAUUCCGGAUUUAACGUAUCUAGUUGACAUUCAGUAUUUAAGGUGUCUAGUUGACAUUCAGGAUUUAAGGUAUCUAGUUGACAUUCAGGAUUUAAGGUAUGUAGUUGACAUUCAGGAUUGAAGGUAUCUAGUUGACAUUCAGUAUUUAAGGGGUUUCGUUGACAUUCAGUAUUUAAGGGGUUUCGUUGACAUUGAGGAUUUAAGGUAUCUAGUUGACAUUCAGUAUUUAAGGUGUCUAGUUGACAUUCAGGAUUUAAGGUAUCUAGUUGACAUUCAGGAUUUAAGGUAUGUAGUUGACAUUCAGUAUUUAAGGUGUCUAGUUGACAUUCAGGAUUGAAGGUAUCUAGUUGACAUUCAGGAUUUAAGGUAUGUAGUUGACAUUCAGGAUUGAAGGUAUCUAGUUGACAUUCAGGAUUUAAGGUAUGUAGUUGACAUUCAGGAUUGAAGGUAUCUAAUUGACAUUCAUUAUUUAAGGUGUCUAGUUGACAUUGAGGAUUUAAGGUAUCUUGUUGACAUUCAGUAUUUAAGGUGUCUAGUUGACAUUCAGGAUUUAAGGUAUGUAGUUGACAUUCAGGAUUGAAGGUAUCUAGUUGACAUUCAGUAUUUAAGGUGUUUCGUUGACAUUCAGUCAGGAUUGAAGGUAUCUCGUUGACAUUCAGUAUUUAAGAUAUCUAGUUGACAUUUAUAAUUUAAGGUAUUUAUUUGACAUUCAGGAUUUAAUUACUUUUCCUCAGAGGUUCUAUGGCCCAGACCAAAGUCAAGUACUGGGAAGUCGAGUCCGCAUCUAUUAAAGGUUCUGGUCCCUUGGACACGUCCGGUGCUAAGCCUGGAGCAGUUUCCAUCAAUGGGAAAAGUGGCACCCCGGGUCACGUCGCUCAGAUGGGUACCGUCUUCGGUGUGCUGCUGGUUGGUCUCACCAAGUUUCUCGGUCGGUUCUAAGAACAUAGCCGUGUCUCUUCAUUCACGAACAUGGGCGUUUCUUUUCAAUCUUUCAAGUAGGAUGGGGACAGGAAAGAUUUUGAAAGCAACGGAAAAUUAUUUUUUUUAAAUUGUUAAAUAAUGUUGUGGUUCAUUUUGACUUAACAACGCUACACGACGUACUCCAGUUUGUUUCAGUAUGUGAAUGGUAAUGGGUUUAAAAUUGUAUACGCUUUUAUGAAGCUCAGUCAGAUAAUUUCGUCAGUUUAUAAAUCAAUUUGAAAUACUUCGAUUUAGAUAAAAUAUGCAACGUCACAUCAUCUUCAAUGUAGGGAGUUAUAACAAAAUAAAAUAUUUAUUGUUAUGAGAGACUUAAUGGUUGACUUUUUUUUAUAAUCCUUUUUUAAACAUCGUUUUACCGCUCUUACAGAUUAUUGGAUUAUUAUAAUAAUAAUUAAUCCUCUUAAUAUUAGGCAACAAAGUUCUUAAAUGAAUUCAGAAAUAAUCGAAAUGUGGGCAUCAAAUUACACUUAGUUUUAUUGUUUUUUUUUUAUUUUUAUAUUUUAUUUUUUUAUUCCCUGUGCCGAGACACUAAUAGUUGAAGUAAAGGAAUUGACAUCCGCGUAUAUUGGGAAUGAAUUAAUGUGACGAGUCCCAUCCCCCUUUAAAAUAGAUUAUUAAAAUUAAAAUUGUAACAUGAUUAAUUUUUUUCAAAUCAUGAAUUAUUUUAGAGGUUCAAGCAUCUAACUAUAGAAAGUUAACAUUAACAUAUCUUUCCACGAUUUAUGAGUUGUUUAAUUGCUAAACUUUCUUGUUUCAAUACAUUCAUCAUCUUUGUAUUUUGAGUCAGCAAGGAAAGACGGUUAGUUUUAAAUGAGCCGUAACAAAAGAACAAGAUUUAUCGAUCUUGCUUUAGGCCAAUCAGAUUCUCUUCCUUUUGUAAUAAAUUUUACAUUUAGUGCAGCUUGGCAAGAUUUCAGAUAUUGGCAAUGCGUUGAGUAUGAAAUAUUGAGAUCAGCUCUUUGCCUUCAGUGGGUGAUGUCACUGGCUAGAAGGAUCUUAGAUAAGACUUUGGAGGUCCUCUUUAAUUUUUUUGCGGUUGCCGGGAC